GCCAUCCUACGGACGUCAAGCUCCUAGGAGGCACGGAGGUAGGGCUGUCGCCAUCUGACCCUAACCUCUUCCGGUUGCUUCCGCUGGCCCGGGUCCAGCCUCGGUGGCUAGAGCGUCGCGGGACGUUGGGCGCGAGCUGAGGACCGCCCUGAGCCCGCCGCUCGCGCCUGACGCCUUAAGCAUUUGUCUCUGCAUCGAAAUGGCUGAAGUCUACAGAGUUGAGACAUCCCUCUGAUAUGCUCAGAGCUACACUUCUUCCCAGGCUGCUGUGACAUCUUGGUGGCCCCACUAUGUCCAGGCUCCAGACCCAGGAACAGGCAGUGGAUUCUGAGGGAGACUCAUCCCUAUACAGGAGAAACGAGGAGGGGACGCAGAGCUCCCACCGCAUGCUGGGCUUUAGUGAUGCACUGCUGUCCAUCAUCGCCACUGUCAUGAUCCUGCCUGUGACCCACACAGAGAUCUCACCAGAACAGCAGUUUGACAAAAGUAUACAGAAACUCCUAGCAACUAGGAUUGCUGUCUACCUUAUGACAUUUCUAAUCGUAACUGUGGCCUGGGCAGCACAUACCAGAUUGUUCCAGGUUGUUGGAAAAAUAGAUGAUACACUUGCCUUGCUCAACCUGGCCUGUAUGAUGACUAUCACCCUUCUGCCCUACACAUUUUCGUUAAUGGUCACCUUCCCUGAUGUGCCCCUGGGCAUCUUCCUGUUCUGCACGUGUGUGAUUGCCAUUGGAUCUGUGCAGGCAAUGAUUGUGGGUUAUGCCUUCCACUUCCCACAUCUGCUGAAUCCACAAAUCCAGUGCUCUACACAUAGGGACCUGUCCCGGCGGCACAUCCUGCACCUAGUCCUCCGUGGCCCAGCACUGUGUUUUGUUGCAGCUGUCUUUUCCCUCUUCUUCUUCCCCUUGUCAUACCUGCUAAUGGUGACUAUCAUCUUCCUCCCUCACAUCAGCAAGGCUACCACCUGGUGCAAAGACAAGUUUGUGGGCCACAGGGAGUCUCCAGCUCACAGUGUGGAGCCAUUCAGUAUUGACCUGCAUGCGCCCCUCAGCAAAGAGCGGGUGGAAGCUUUCAGUGACGGUGUCUACGCCAUCGUGGCCACACUCCUCAUCCUGGACAUCUGUGAGGACAAUGUUCCGGAUCCCAAGGAUGUGCAAGAGAAAUUCAGUGGCAGCCUUGUGGCUGCCCUGGGUGCAUAUGGGCCACAAUUCCUGGCAUACUUCGGCUCCUUCGCCACAGUGGGUCUGCUCUGGUUUGCUCACCAUUCACUCUUCCUGCAUGUUCGGAAGGCUACACAGACCAUGGGGUUACUCAACAUACUGUCACUGGCCUUUGUGGGUGGCCUCCCUCUGGCCUACCAGCAGACCUCAGCUUUUGCCCGGCAGCCCCGUGAUGAACUUGAGCGUGUGCGUGUCAGCUGUGCCAUCAUCUUCUUUGCCAGCAUCUUCCAGUUUGCCAUCUGGACUACAGCCCUGCUGCAUCAGACAGAGACACUACAGCCAGCUGUGCGAUUUGGUGGGCAGGAGCAUGCUUUCAUGUUCGCCAAGCUUGCACUGUAUCCCUGUGCCAGCCUGCUGGCCUUUGCUGCUACCUGCCUACUGAGUCGGUUCAGCACAGCCAUCUUCCACCUCAUGCAGAUUUCAGUGCCCUUUGCGUUCCUGUUGCUCCGUCUCCUUGUACGCCUUGCUCUGGCAGGCCUUCAAGUCCUAUGGGACCUGUGGCCACAGCGUCCCCAACAAGACCAGGGUGAACCCGAGACACAGUCCCAGCUCUUGCCUGCCCCCUGCUAAUUCCAAGAAAGCCACUCCUGCCUAUCCUGAGCAUACUGUAAGGGGUCCCAUGGAGAUGUCUUAGUACAAGCUUAUUGUGACACUGGGGCUGUGGAUAUAUUGGCCUGGGUAUUGUUUACAUUGUGAAAUACCAAGAUCUAUUUCAAGAGUA